AUGACGACGACAGAAAAGAGCGACCAAAACAGUGGCAGCGGAAUCGACGGCGACAGACAAAGCUCUUGGCUAGCAGCGAGAUCCGAUAGUAACUAUCAUUAUCGACACAAAAGGAAGAGAGAUACCUCUUUAGACACUGAACACCGUAGGCCAGGAUGUGGAAAUAGGUAUAGUAAUUCGUUUGAGGGUGAGCACCGGCACAAGCAUGAUAACUCCUCUGGGGAUGAGUAUCGACGCUCUAGACAUCGACAUAAGCACCAUAGGUCCUCCGAUGAUGAGUACCAUCAUCAAAAUAUGAGAUUAGGAAGAGGAGCAGAAUUGGAGGAAGGGGAGACUUAUGCAAAAUCAGAUCAAUCUAAAUUGAGUGAGGGCAAUGUUGCUAGUAGGGAAGCUUCUGUAGAUAUAUCGAACCCGGAUGCGGCCGAGGGAAUGGCUUCAUCCAUGCCAUCAGCUUUCACGACGAUUUCUAAUGAUUUAAGAGCCAAAAUCCGAGCUAUGCUGAUGGCAACCUUAUAUCAAGCACUGACCGCUUUGCAUGUAAUCUUAUUACUAUAAGAUAGUAGUGGCUUCAGAUU